AAACCCUUCUCCCUCUCUGGCUCUCUCGCCCUCGCCUCUGGCUUGCUCGCUCGCGGCUCGCCGUCGCCUCUCGGUCGGUAGCUGGGGAGGUGGCAUCUGUGGCUACUGGAUCUGGCUCUCUAACACUUGCUCUCGCUGGGUGACUGGGUCGCUCGCCUCUUUGCAUUGCCAUUGGGACACUUUGGUUCAAUCUUUGGUGUUGUGUUCUGUUCGGGUUCAAAUUCAAUACCAGUGACAAAAAAAUCUUUUGGUUCAAUCUUUGGUGUUGUGUUCUUGUUCUUGGCAGACAGGCAUUGGACACUGGCCAGUGGGCAUCAUCCCUUCAUACCCUAGAGACCAAGAGACUAGAGAAAUAGGAUCAAAAUGUGAUCUUUGCCAACUUUAGACUCUGUUUGAGUCUUCUUGCGUCCACUUUUGACUCUAGCUGUUGGGAAGGCCAGUCAGAUGGAUGAAGUUUCUCUGAAUAGUGAACCUGUAUAUGAUGACGAAGCUGAUGAAUUUGAGAUUGAAGGGGAUUGUGAAAUGACAGAAUAUAUUGGCCAAAGCGGGCUAAUUCAAGGAGAAAAUCCCCUUCCUCCUUGUGUAGGGAUGGAGUUUGAAUCCUAUGAGGAUGUUUAUUACUUCUACAAUUGUUAUGCUAAGGAACAAGGAUUUGGAGUAAGGGUAAGCAACACAUGGUAUAGGAAGAGUAAAGAAAGAUAUAGAGGAAAACUAAGCUGCAGCAGUGCAGGUUUCAAGAAAAAAAGUGAGGCAAAUCGCCCUAGACCAGAGACAAGAACUGGUUGUCCAGCAAUGAUAAAGUUCAGGUUGAUGGACAACAAUAGGUGGAGGAUAAUUGAAGUGGAGCUCGAGCACAACCACCUGAUUAGUCCUGCAAGUGGAAAGUUCUAUAAAUCCCAUAAAAACAUGGGUAUUGGAGCAAAACGACCACUGCCUUUAGAUAGUCCUGAAGAUGCUCAAAAAUUUAGAUUGUUUCGUACUGUCAUCAUUGAUACAGAGGAUAACAAGAUGGUGUAUGAUGAUGAUCGAGCAUUCGGGAAUAAUGUUGAUUAUUCCAAUCAAUUGAAGUUUAAACAGGGAGAUGCACAAGCUAUUUACAGAUUCUUUUGCCAUUUUCAAUUGAUGAGUUCAAACUUCUUCUAUGUAAUGGAUCUCAAUGAGAAAGGAUAUCUGCGGAAUGUGUUCUGGGCUGAUGCAAGGUGCAGGGCUGCUUAUGGUUAUUUUGGUGAUAUAGUUGCAAUUGAUGCUACAUGCUUGACGGAAAAAUAUGAAGUGCCACUAGUAGUUUUUACUGGGGUGAAUCACCAUGGACAAUGUGUACUGUUCGGCUGUGGACUUCUUGCAGGUGAGACAGUAGAGUCAUUUACAUGGCUGUUUAGGGCUUGGCUUACGUAUAUGUUAGGACGUCCACCACAAGCUAUAAUUACUGGUCAAGGCGAAUCAUUGCAGGCUGCUCUUUCUGAUGUUUUUCCCAGAGCUUAUCGAUGUAUUUGUUUGUCGCAUAUCAUUAAUAAAGUUCCUGAAGAACUGGGAAGCUUGGAUCAGUAUGAAGCCAUUAAGGUGGCUUUGACUAGAGCAGUUGCCCAGUCUUUGAAGGCAGACGAGUUUGAAGCAGCUUGGGAAGAUAUGCUUCAGCGGUAUGGAAUCAGGGAUCAUAAAUGGCUAAAAACAUUGUAUGAGGACCGUAAAAGGUGGGUACCGGUAUAUCUGAAGGAGGCAUUUUUAGCAGGAAUGUUUCCAGUUGGACCUAGUCAGAGAGUGACUUCAGUUUUUGAGGGAUUUUUGCAUAAAUACACUCCGCUGCAUGAGUUUCUAAUGAAGUAUGAUCAAGCUCUACAGAAAAAUCGUCAAGAAGAAGCCUUGGCAGAUUUGGAGUCAAGAACUUCUAGUCCAGCACUGAAAUCGAGAUUUUAUUUUGAGUUGCAGCUCUCAAAGCUGUACACAAAUAACAUAUUCAAGAAGUUCCAGAGUGAAGUGGAGAGAGUAUACUCUUGUUUUAGCGCAAGACAGGUAAGUGGUGACGGUUCAAUAAUUACGUACGUGGUCAAAGUGCAUCCUGACGGCACAGAAAGUAGCAGGGAAACGAGAGACCACGAGGUUAUCUACAACACAUCCGAAGCAGAGGUUCUUUGUGCAUGUGGUUUGUUCAACUCCCAAGGAUACUUGUGCAGGCAUUCCCUGAGCGUAUUAAAACAGAAUGGCAUUGAAGAGAUUCCGGCUCAAUACAUUCUUUCGCGGUGGAGAAAGGACAUCCCUCGCAACUAUGUUUUUGAACACGGGUGCAGUGGUAUCAAUAUCGACAACGCGGUUCACAGGUACGAUAACUUGUAUAAAUGGGGUUUGCAGGUUGUGGAGGAAGGUAGGAGGUCGGAAGAUUGUUACAAGUUUGCAAUGCAAGCAUUGGAUGAGAUAUUGAGCAAUGUUCGACUGGCCGAGGAACUUGCAGACCCCAAGUCUUUGUAGUUACAACUAUAUUAAAAGCAUAACGCGAUCUCUUUUUUCUGAAAGAUCGAUCAUUUCGACCAUUUGGAAAGGUUAAAAUGACAUCUCUGUAAAUUUUUGUACAGAAAAUAUCUUGGGAAUAAUGUGAGUGUUCGUAAAACUGAUGUGUUGAAAUGUUCUUUGCCAUGUCUGCAA